AUAUUAUAGGACACAAACUUCUUCCUAUCAUAAUCAUAAUAAUUCAUUCAUCAAUCUCUCGUUAACAUGGCGCCUAAGCUUCUUUUGGUUUAUCUUCUUGCCACUUUUAGCAUCGUAUUAACAACCAACGCGACGACGUAUACAGUGGGAGAUAACUCCGGCUGGGACAUCAGCACCGAUAUUGAUUCAUGGGUGCAGGACAAAGUAUUUAAAGUUGGCGAUUCACUCCUGUUCCAAUACUCAUCAUCCCACAGCCUGAAUGAAGCGAAACGAGAAAGCUUUGAGGCAUGCAACACGACCGAUGUUCUCAGUACGUUUUCGGAUGGAAACACAACGAUUGCAUUGACACAGCCAGGCGAGAGGUAUUUUGUUUGUGGGAACAAUUUACAUUGCCUGGGGGGAAUGAAGCUUCAAGUAAAUGUGGUGGGUGAUGCGUCUUCACCAGUCGGUUCACCUCAAGCGCAGCCGUCUGCAAAGAGUAACAAUCCUCCGUCAGUUAUUUCCAAUUCAUCUUGCGGUAAGACGAGUUAUCUUCUAGUAACUUUUCUGGGUUUUAUGGCUACCAUACUGUCGGUGGUGUAAGUUCGAUGUUUUGUUUAUAAACACUAUAAAAUUGAUUUGUAAUACAUGCAGGGUUGUUUCUCAUUUUUUUAAUACUUAAUUAGACGAUUGAAUUUUCUUUGUUUUGGGCAA